ACUAACUACACUUCGCGCAGUGGAUUUUAGGAACCUCAAACGUACGCAAGUUAUCCCGUAACUCCUCUAGACAUAAUCCCAUCACGAAAGAUUUUAACGAUUCAUUAAAAGACGAACUUACCAUCCCAGUGUCAUGUCAGCUUUCGUACGCCGCAAAAGAGCAAAUCGAAAAGCAACCAGCAAAUGCAUGAAGUGACAGAAGGGAAUAGUGUCUCUCGCUCGCUACCAAUUGCACUGGAAAUUUCUCGCAAGGACAUCUGUUGAUUUGAAACCUGAAGGGAUGCUGCGCGGAAAUGGAGAUACCAUUUUCCACCCGCUGGAGACUAUAUAAAGGCUCGCCAUCUGAUAAGAACGCUAUCAGUUUGCGUUAGUUGGCGAUUGGCACAGCUGAGCUUGUCCCUCAUCGGGUCGUUCUAUUGCGGUGCUUUCCAUUCCUAAUAAGUACGUCUUUUCAGGGAAACGCUGCUACUGUGGUGAAGCGUUGCUUGAGCCGUGGUUUUCUGUUUUAAUCAACAAAUCAACGAAGAAUCACCGCAGAAGAUGGAUUUCGACGAAUAUCGAGUGCGAGGCAAGGAGAUGGUGGACUACAUCGCGGACUAUCUGCAGAACAUUCGCGAGCGGCGUGUCCUGCCGGACGUUCAGCCCGGGUACAUGCGCAGCCUGAUACCGGAGUCGGCCCCGCUCGAGGGCGAACGCUGGGAGAACAUCUUCGCGGACGUCGAGCGCGUCAUCAUGCCGGGCAUUACGCACUGGCAGAGCCCGCACAUGCAUGCCUACUUUCCGGCGCUUAACUCGUUCCCUUCGCUGCUCGGCGAUAUGUUGGCCGAUGCUAUCAACUGUCUUGGAUUUACUUGGGCAUCAUCGCCCGCCUGCACCGAGCUGGAGUCGAUUGUGAUGAAUUGGCUGGGCAAGAUGAUUGGAUUGCCGGACUCGUUUCUGCAUCUGCCCGGCACUAGCAUGGGCGGCGGUGUGAUUCAAACGACCGCCAGCGAGGCAACGCUCGUGUGUCUGCUGGCCGGGCGGACGAUGGCCAUUACACGGUUUCACGAGCAUACGCCCGGGCUGCAGGAUGCGGAAAUCAACGCCCGGCUGGUGGCGUACUGCUCCGACCAGGCACACUCCAGCGUGGAGAAGGCGGCCCUAAUCGGCUUAGUCCGGAUGCGAUUCAUCGAGUCGGACGAUCAACUCAGCCUCCGCGGCGAUGCCUUGCGCGAGGCAAUCGAGGAGGACAUCAAGCAAGGGCUGAUACCGUUCUGGGUGUGUGCCACGCUUGGUACCACCGGGGCGUGCGCCUUCGACCAUCUGGACGAGAUCAGCGAGGUGUGCGCACGCUACAACAUCUGGCUGCACGUGGACGCGGCCUACGCCGGCAGUGCGUUCAUCUGUCCCGAGUUUCGGGUGUGGCUGAAGGGCAUCGAGAAAGCGGACUCGAUCGCGUUCAAUCCCUCCAAGUGGCUAAUGGUGCACUUUGACUGCACCGCGAUGUGGCUCAAGAACAGUGGCGCGCUGCACCGAACCUUUAACGUGGCUCCGCUGUAUCUGCAGCACGAAAACUCGGGCCUCUCCAUCGACUACAUGCACUGGCAGAUACCGCUGAGCAAGCGGUUCCGGGCGCUAAAGCUUUGGUUCGUGCUGCGCAGCUUCGGCACCCGGGGACUACAGAAGCACAUUCGCGAGGGCGUCCGGCUAGCGCAAAAGUUCGAGGCACUCAUCCUGGCAGACCACCGGUUCGAAAUUCCGGCCACGCGCCAUCUGGGCAUGGUCGUGUUCCGGAUCAAGGGCGAGAACGAGCUCACGGAGAAGCUGCUCAAGCGGCUGAACCAACGCGGACACAUGCACGCAGUGCCGGCCUCGCUUAAGGGUCGCUACGUUAUCCGUUUCACCGUCACUUCAACGUACACUACGAACGACGACAUUCUGUCGGACUGGAACGAGAUUCGCACUGUUACGACGGAGCUGCUGAGCGACCUGAACAUACAGCAGGUCGAUAAGCAGCGUGUAUCGUUGAAGGAUACGCGCGAAAAGAACGAAGCGUUCGGAUCGAGCCUUCUGCUCGCCAACUCGCCGAUGUCGCCGAAGAUCGUGAACGGCUCGUUUGCGGCCAUCUUCGAUGCGGACGAGUUCCUGGCGAAGGUGUACGCCGGCAUACGCAUCUCGAACCAGGACUCACCGGCGAUGAGACGGCGCGUCCGGGGCAUCCUCAUGUCCGGCAAGCAGUUUUCGCUCGACUCGCGUAUGGAUCUGGUCGUGCACGGGAUCGGUCCGGGUGAGGUGCGCAACGGCAUCGAGUCGAAGGCCAUUACCGAGGACCUGGAGGAGGUCUGGGAAGCUUGUGAGCAGAUGGAGCUUUCUGACCAAGAGAACACACCGGAAGACAGCAACCUCCAUCAACAGCGUCACCGAUCCCCCUCUCCCCAACCACCACACUUCAUCGAACCUCUCCCGAUACUGCCUGUCGUCGGCCCGUCCCGGGGUCGCUCACAAAGUGUGGACACCGGCAUUCUUCGUGUCCGUGCUAAUGCCCCCGACGCCAGCUGGUUGUUGGAGCGCGAGGAAGCCCUAACCCGCUCCGAGCCGUGUGCCUCGACCGACUCCCUCACCAGCGCACCCUCACUCACUUCCCCAACACCCAUUCCUCCUCCUACUCCACCACCCAUCAUAGCCACCCCUAAAGUGUCCUGCGAGUCUCAGCUCGACAGUAUCGACGAAAACCGACCCUCGGAGAACUUCCCGCGCAGCAAGCGACGCUGCUCGGACAAUUCGCACCUCUUCUCCCUUACCCGGCCCAACGUGUACCCCGAGAAGCGUCAGUCCGAACCGGCCAUUCGGUGUGCCUUCUACAACCGUGGCUUCGAGAUGCUCUGUCCACCGCGCCCACCACCACCGAAGCGGGUGCUCUCCCAGAACGAUUUACCCCGGGCGCGGCAUCUGCGACGACAAAUAUCGACCGUAUCGGAGUUGAACCUUACCGACCCGGACGACGACUGGCGUCGGGCGAAACUGCUGGUCCCACCAUUUCGCUACUGUAUUGCGGACGAAUCUGGACAUUGCAUCGAUUUCGACACAAUUCUGCCCUGUCCGGUAGCAUCGAUCGACGAUGAGGCAAUUUUGCGCGAUGCGUUGCGGUUCGAGGAGAACUUUGUAGAGCGCUGUGAGCAGAUCUGUCCCGAGCCGGAUGCACUCUGUCUGGAGACGAUCGAGGAGCGGGUGCUGGACGAGCUGACCUCUUCCGGGGGUGCCAGUGGGGGCGGAACCAGUUCAGACGAUGAGCAGCAAGGUGAGGAAGUUAUUUACGAGAAUGUGAAGCAUUGCAGGAAGUGUGGACAUCAAAGGAUUAAAUUAUAAUAUAGAGCGAGUGAUGGGAGACGCGUACUGAUGGGGUUUCGAAAUGCGGUGUGGUCUUUGGGAGAUAAAUUGCUUCAUAUAGAAAGUUAUAGGCAGCUUUUAAGCGAGCGGUAGCAAUUAUUCAACUGUAAGUUAUGUGUGCCAAAGAAGACUAUUUAGAUGAAAACGGAAGUUUAUCAGGAUUUUGUUGCUUCAUUGAAAGGGACCUUGUUGGUGAGGUUACAGCCAUUUUCAGAAAUAUGUUAAGUCACAAAACUUUAUUGAUGUCUUCGUGGUCAUUAUUGAUUCAUUGAUUAAUUUAUUUAAUUUCCAUUUAUCAAGCGAAAUGCACGCGGUAUGUCAUAUUAUUUGUCAUAUUUAAAUUUUUA